GAAAAUUUUAUAUUUUAAUUCUAUACGACGAUACCUAAGUAAUUUAAAUGAAGUGUAAUAUAUAUAUAUUUUUUUGUUUUGGAGGGAGGAGAGUUGAUGGGGGGUGGGGGUGUGUGGUGGAAUAUAAUUGCCAAUAUUAUUAUUAUUAUUAAAGAAAGAAUCUCAUUGAAAUAAUUAUAAAUAAUCAUUGAAUGAGAAUAUGAAUUAAACCUCCAGAUGAAUGAAUGUAUUCCAUCUUUAUUGGAAUUUAUUAAUCAUACAAAUAAAUUAAAUUCUUCAUUAAAUAAUAAUGAUAAAAUUACAAAUUAUAGUCUUAUAAAAUUUGGUACAGAAUUUAGUAAAAUUCAUGGUCCAUUAAGUUUAGCUGUAUGUAUAUUUGGUAUACCAGCUAAUUUAGUGAAUAUUAUUGUAUUAACACGACGUGAAUUAGCACAAACUGCUACAAAUCAUUUAUUAUUAUGGUUAGCUGUUGCUGAUUUAUUAUUAAUGAUAUUAUAUGCACCAUGUUUAUAUCAUUUUUAUAUUAUUCAUCCACAUCCAAUGAAAAAUCCAAUUUAUACACCAAGUAAAUUAUGGAUUAUAUAUCAAGAAAUAGUUGUUAGUUGUGCAUUAAUGUUACAUUCAUUAGCAUUAUGGUUAGCUGUAUUAUUAGCAUUAUUUCGUUAUAUCCAUGUAGGUUUUCCAAUAUCUGGUUCAAUAUAUACAACACGUAAAAGAGCAUUUAUAUCUGCAUCAUUAACAACAUUAUUUUGUAUUAUUGUAUCUAUACCAAAUAUAUUAGUUAAUCAUUCAGAAUCAUGUUUAGGACCAAUAUUCAAUUAUAAAUCAAAUAAUGACAAAUUAUUUAAUAAAAAUAUACAAAUUUAUUAUUAUAUAACAUCGGAACCAGAUUUUAAUGAGAUACAUUCAUUACAAUAUAUCAAUAUAACAAUUAAACAAUUAAAUGGUUGGAGAACAAAACAAUUACAUAAUUUCAAUGUAUGGUUACAAGCUGUUAUUACAAAAAUUGCACCAUCAUUUUUAUUAACUAUAUUAACUAUUUUAUUAAUUAUUGAAUUACAAAAAUCAAUAAAACGUCGUAAAUUAUUAUUUUUACAUCGUGAUAAAUCAUUAAGUAUUAUACAAUCUACAUCGAUACCUCCAUUAUAUAAUGAUGAAAGUAAAAAAUUAAAUCGUGAAACACGUACAACAGCAUUAUUAUUAACUAUUGUAUUAUGUUUUCUUGUCAUUGAAUUACCUCAAGGUAUAUUAGUAACAUGUAUACAUUUAAUUGAUAAAUUUGAAGAGAAUGUUUAUCAACAUUUAGGUGAUUUAUUAGAUUUUUUAACAUUAUUAAAUGAAUCAAUUAGUUUUAUUAUAUAUACAACUAUGUCAUAUCAAUUUCGUCAAACAUUUGUAAAUAUAUUUUGUCCAUUAUUAAUACAUAAAUCAAUUAUAUAUCAUGAACAACCAACGAAUACAAUACAAUAUCGUCAACAAUAUCGUAUAUCACCAAUAAAACAUUAAAUAAUCAAUGAAUUAUAUAAUAAAUUCAAUGAUACUUUUUAAUUAACUAACUCACUUGGAUACAAAUGAAUGACGAUGAUGAUGAUGAUGAUGAUGAUGAUGAUGAUGAUGAUGAUGAUGAUGAUGAUGAUGAUGAUGAUGAUGAUGAUGAUGAUGA